AGACCAGACUCUGCUGGACCUGGACCUGAACCCAGCUGUGUGUCCAUGAAGAGUGACUGGUCUAUUGAUUUCAAACAUGAACACCCCUCAGCUGAUCAAUGGAUCCGUCAGCAGAGACCAGAUUCUCCUGAACCCAGCGGUGUGUCCAUGAAGAGUGAUCGGUCUAUCGUUCGACCUAUUGCCUUCAAACAUGGACAUCAGUCUGCUGAUCAGAGGAUCCAUCAGCAAAGACCAGAUUCUCCUGAACCCAGCUGUGUGUCCAUGAAGAGUGACGGGUCUAUGGGUCGACCUAUUGACUUCAAACGUGGACAUCAGUCUGCUGAUCAGAGAGUUCAUCAGCAGAACUCAGAGGUUCUCAGUGGUCAGUCUGUCCAGCAGCAUCAAACACACCUGGACUCCAUAUUUACGCUGCUGGAGGAGAACAUCAUCAAAUUUGUGAAGAACGAGCUGAAGAAGUUGCAGAAGGUUAUGAGUCCAGAUUACCCAGAAUGCUUAGAGAGUCAGAGUGAGGAUGAGGAGGUUUUGGACGGUGAGGAUGAAGAGCGGAGGAGGAGCAGCAGAGAGGCAUUUCUGAAGAUCACACUGCACUUCCUGAGGAGAAUGAAGCAGGAGGAGCUGGCUGACUGUCUACAGAGCAGAACUCGUGCUGCAGAGUGUCAAUAUAAACUCAAGUCUAACCUGAAGAAGAAGUUCCAGUGUGUGUUUGAAGGGAUUGCUAAAGCAGGAAACCCAACCCUUCUGAAUCAGAUCUACACAGAGCUCUACAUCACAGAGGGAGGGACUGCAGAGGUCAAUGAUGAACAUGAGGUCAGACAGAUUGAAACAGCAUCCAGGAAACCAGACAGACCAGAAACAACAAUCAGACAAGAAGACAUCUUUAAAGCCUCACCUGGAAGAGAUGAACCAAUCAGAACAGUGAUGACAAAGGGAGUGGCUGGCAUUGGGAAAACAAUCUUAACACAGAAGUUCACUCUGGACUGGGCUGAAGACAAAGCCAACCAGGACAUACAGUUCACAUUUCCAUUCACUUUCAGAGAGCUGAAUAUGCUGAAAGAGAAAAAGUACAGCUUGGUGGAACUUGUUCAUCACUUCUUUACUGAAACCAAAGAAGCAGGAAUCUGCAGGUUUGAAGAGUUCCAGGUUGUGUUCAUCUUUGACGGUCUGGAUGAGUGUCGACUUCCUCUGGACUUCCACAACAAUGAGAUCCUGACUGAUGUUACAGAGUCCACCUCAGUGGAUGUGCUGCUGACAAACCUCAUCAGGGGGAAACUACUUCCCUCUGCUCGCCUCUGGAUAACCACACGACCUGCAGCAGCCAAUCAGAUCCCUCCUGAAUGUGUCGGUAUGGUGACAGAGGUCAGAGGGUUCACUGACCCACAGAAGGAGGAGUACUUCAAGAAGAGAUUCAGUGAUAAGAAGCAGGCCAGCACCAUCAUCUCCCACAUCAAGACAUCACGAAGCCUCCACAUCAUGUGCCACAUCCCAGUCUUCUGUUGGAUCACUGCUACAGUUCUGGAGGAAGUGUUGAAAAGCAGAGAUGGAGGAGUGCUGCCCAAGACCCUGACUGAGAUGUACAUCCACUUCCUGGUGGUUCAGUUGAAACUGAAGAAUGUCAAGUAUGAUGGAGGAGCUGAGACAGAUCCACACUGGAGUCCAGAGAGCAGGAAGAUGAUUGAGUCUCUGGGAAAACUGGCUUUUGAGCAUCUGCAGAAAGGCAACCUGAUCUUCUAUGAAUCAGACCUGACAGCGUGUGGCAUCAAUAUCAGAGCAGCCUCAAAGUGCUCAGGAGUGUUCACACAGGUUUUUAAGGAGGAGAGAGGGCUGUACCAGGAAAAGGUGUUCUGCUUUGUCCAUCUGAGCGUUCAGGAGUUUCUGGCUGCUCUUCAUGUCCAUCUGACAUUCAUCAACUCUGGAGUCAAUCUGCUGGCAGAAGAACAAACGACAUCCUGGUGGUCUAAAGUCUUUAAAGACAAACCUAAACUAAACCAUCUCUACCAGAGCGCUGUGGACGAGGCCUUAAAGAGUCCAAACGGACACUUGGACUUGUUCCUCCGCUUCCUCCUGGGUCUUUCACUGCAGACCAAUCAGACUCUCCUACAAGGUCUGCUGACACAGACAGGAAGUAGCUCACAGACCAAUCAGGAAACAGUCGAGUACAUCAAGAAGAAGAUCGGUGAGAAUCUGUCUGCAGAGAGAAUCAUCAAUCUGUUCCACUGUCUGAAUGAACUGAAUGAUCGUUCUCUAGUGGAGGAGAUCCAACAGUACCUGAGAUCAGGACGUCUCUCCACAGAUAAACUGUCUCCUGCUCAGUGGUCAGCUCUGGUCUUCAUCUUACUGUCAUCAGAAAAAGAUCUGGAUGUGUUUGACCUGAAGAAAUACUCUGCUUCAGAGGAGGCUCUUCUGAGGCUGCUGCCAGUGGUCAAAGCUUCGAAUAAAGCUCUGCUGAGUGGCUGUAACCUCUCAGAGAGAAGCUGUGCAGCUCUGUCCUCAGUUCUCAGCUCCCAGUCCUCUAGUCUGAGAGAGCUUGACCUGAGUAACAACAACUUGCAAAAUUCAGGAGUCAAGCUGUUGUCUGCUGGACUGGAUAGUCCACACUGCACACUGGAAACUCUCAGUCUGUCAGGAUGUCUGGUCACAGAGGAAGGCUGUGCUUCUCUGGCCUCAGCUCUGAACUCCAACCCCUCCCAUCUGAGAGAGCUUGACGUGAGCUACAAUCAUCCAGGAAAGUCAGGAGAGAAACUUCUGUCUGCUGAACUGAAGGAUCCACACUGGAGACUGGACACUCUCAGGUUGGACCAUGGUGGAGAGCAGUGGUUAAAACCUGGUGUGAGGAAGUAUUUCUGUGAACUCACACUGGACACAAACACAGUAAACAGAAACCUCAAACUGUCUGACAACAACAGGAAGGUGACAUAUGUGGAGGAGUAUCAGUCAUAUCCUGAUCAUCCAGACAGAUUUGACUACUGGGAACAGCUGCUGUGUAGAAAUGGUCUGACUGGUCGCUGUUACUGGGAGGUCGAGUGGAGAGGAGGAGUUCAUAUAUCAGUGACUUACAGAGGAAUCAGCAGGAAAGGAUACAGUAAUGACUGUGUGUUUGGAAGAAAUGAUCAGUCCUGGAGUCUGAGAUGCUCUGAUGAUGAUGGUUACUCUGUCUGGCACAAUAAGAAAAAAACAUCCAUCCCCUCCUCCUCCUCCUCUUCCUCCUCCUCCUCCUCCUCCUCUGUCUCUAACAGAGUAGCAGUGUAUGUGGACUGUCCUGCUGGCACUCUGUCCUUCUACAGAGUCUCCUCUGACACACUGAUCCACCUCCACACCUUCAGCACCACAUUCACUCAGCCUCUGUGUGCUGGGUUCUGGUUGUGGUCUCUUGGUUCCUCAGUGUCUCUGUGUCCUCUGUCUGAGGAAGAGUCUCCUCCUGUGUAGACAAACAGUCACACUGCUGACUGAAGACAGCUGCUGAAAUCACUGUUCACUCUGUUCACCAGUGAACAACAGAAACUGGAAGUGACAGCAGCUUCCUGUGUUUAAAUGUUGAUGGUGGACGAGGUUUCACUCUGGUUUCAUUUGGAUCACUGACUGUGCUUUAAUGUCAGAAUAUUGUUUCUAUUAGAAGUAGUGAAAUGAUCUCCUCUGGGCUGAAUUUAUGUGUAAAAACUGUGUUGACUCUGAUUGACUUCAGUAAAGUUUUCUUGGAGCAGCAUCUAGUAGCUGUUAGUGGCUGUUAGUUAUUCCAUUUUAUCAGGAUCUUAAAGUGAAGUUUUUCCUGAAAAUGUCCAGCAGACAUCCCAGUCUGUUUGACAUCAGCUCAGUUUGUGUUAAAUCAUGAACAUCAACAUAUGUUUCUAUCUGAUGUAAUGUGUCUGACAUGUAUGUAUAUAAUAACAUGUAUGGGUUGCUUUCCUUUAGUUUUUCUUGCCUCUGCAGGUGAUGUAAAUAUUGUCUUGUAAGCUCAUGUUUGCUGGGCAGCUUUGGCUGUUUUACACUUGAAUAAAAAUAUUCAUUCACUA